AUGGCACUUCCAGGAUUCCGCAAGAGACGUGCUGCUGCGUCUCCGGGCGCAGACGACGUUAAAGAUGGCCCUCUGCCGCAAGAUCAGCUCGACAUAAAGAGAAGAACGAAAACGCGGCGAAAUGCCAUCAUCACAUCCUGUUUCUGUUACUUGGUAGCAGUGGUAUUCCUCAUUCUUGUCGAAGUAGGCAAUACCAACGGUUCACGUGUGCGAGGCGACAUCUACUUCUUCAGAUUGGAUCUGGCAGAUAUCAUGCCCUCUUCAGUAUCCGGGUUGAGCAGCUUGACUUUGACAAACUCAAUUGCGAGGACUCUGGGGUUACAUGAUUUCUAUCAAAUUGGUCUGUGGAACUUUUGCGAGGGAUACGAAGAUGAAGGAAUUACCAGUUGUUCAACGCCUACGAACCUUUGGUGGUUCAAUCCUGUCGAGAUCCUGCAGAGUGAACUUCUUGCGGGUGCAUCAAUUGCCUUGCCCAGCGAGGUCAACACUGUGUUGACCAUUCUUCGUAUUGCCUCACAAGUGAUGUUCGGUUUCUUCCUAGCAGGCCUAGUCUUGAACUUUGUCCUUAUGCUGCUCGCCCCGAUCGUACUCUAUUCACGGUGGUGGAGUUUACCGUUCUCUCUCUUCUCAUUCCUUGCGGCUUUGAUGGUGAUAGCUGCCGCUUGCGUGGCCACAGUCAUGGCGCUGGUAUUCAAGUAUGCCUUGACAUCGCAGACCGAGCUCAACAUCGUGGUUGUCAUUGGUACCAAGAUGUUUGCCUUCAUGUGGAUCGCCGCCGGCUUCACACUUUUGGCAUUCCUCAUCCACGCGGGCAUGGGUUGCUGCUGUACAUCCCGCCGCGAUAUCCGCACUGGAAGGAAGGGAGGAAGGAAUAUGGCAGCAUCGCCGAGCACUUCUGAGAAGCCGAGCCGUGGUUACAACCUACCCACAUUUGGAAGGAAAACUGUUGCUUCUUCAGCUUAA